CUGUGUCAUGCGGUUUUCCAAAUUGCAUAAAACUUCGUAUUAUGUAACGGUAGGCUUCUUCGUUUCUUCGAAUUAACAAACGAAAACAGCAAAGGAGUAAGUCCAUUGCAAGGUAACUUAAUAUUUAAGGUAUAAGUGUCCUCGGAAAGCUUACGUUUAAAAAUAUAGUAUCUUAAUACUGGAAAAUUUUUCUCCUUAAUGAAAACUUUUAUUAUGAGCCCAACUUCAACAGCUGCAUUAAUACAUAACACGACUCUGAAAGUUAAGGUAAUCACACUUUUACAAGAACCGUUUAGCCUGUAAGAUGCCGUAUAUCGAACGGGUGGAUCAAAAGAUCCUCGAUUCGCACCGAGUAAGGGCCUCGGUAGAACAAAAUGCUAUGUUUUGUGGUGCUCGAUCGAUCAAUAUCGGACUCGGAUCUUGCAUAUGCUUACCAUUCGUUUCGGCUCACGAUCCGAUUGCUAUCCCCGCCGCAUCCACGUAAGCCACGUAAGCCUCGGAAGGGUCAGCUGCAUGCUUUGGAUUUGAGCAUGAAAAUGGACUGCACGUCUAAUUGCGAUGGUGUGCGCCUCACGUUGUCUUCAACCUCCCUCCCACCCCUCUCUAUAAAAAGAAUUACAUAAUAAUACUUCACGAUCUAAGGGGAAUUAAGUUGGAAUGGAGAGGCGUUUUUCGAUUGUGGCGUCGCUCGUCGCUGCGGCGGUCGUCGCGGCGGUGAGCUUAAACGGCGCGGAGGGAUGGUCGACUUACGACGCGAAGGCGUUCCACGUCGUAGGGAAGGUGCUGUGCCAGGACUGCUCCAAGGGUUGGAACCAGUGGGCCCACGGCGCCACCCCUAUCAUAGGGAGCAAGGUUGGAGUGACGUGCAUGGGGCCGCAGGCGCGGGUGCUACUCCACAAGAGCGACGCGUGCGACCGCCGCGGUGAGUUCGACGUCGUGGUCGACAAGUACGUGAACGGCGUGGAGGUGAACCCCGAGGAGUGCACGGUGCGGCUCGUCUCCUCUGGCUGCCAGAACUGCACCGUGAUGACGAACUUCAACGGCGGCAAGGACGGCGUCCGCCUCUCCCGCCCUUCCACCGUCUACCCCGGCCGCAUCGCGUACAAAGUCGGGCCCUUCUACUUCACCACCCCCAAGUGUGAUUUGCCACGCAAGUAAUCGAUCUGGAAUUAAUGGACUGAAUCAAGGAGAAGUGCAACCAAUUUAAUUGGUUUUUAAUUUGAACACGUAAUAACGGCUACGUGGUGUGUAUGUUUUAGUAAUUGGUGUUGUUUGUAUUAAGAAAUUAAUGUCCAAUCAUGUUAAUCCCCAAUCCCCAAUAGAUUUGUUGUUGUUGUAUCUCUUCCUUUUCCAAAGGGCUUAUAUUUGAGAAUAAUUAACACGGCACACUUAUCAUUAGUAAA